UGUGCUAUCUUCAAGAAUGAGCUGGAUCUGACAAAUUGCAGCACAUACAAUAUGCCAAUACAAUCCUAUUAAAAAAAACAACAAGUGUAAAAAAGAAAGGAACUUUUCUGUGAUUGAGUUCAAGAUUUGAUGACCCAAUAAAGAAAAGUUGAUGAUUUUCACAUUUCCAUGAAGAAAAAAAGAAGAAGAAGAAGAAGAAAGAAAAAAGAAACAGAGGUUUUUUAAACAUGGUUUUUUCUAAAGAUAAUAUGACUGGGAUCAUUUUGGCUUUGCUUUCAAGUGUGUUUAUAGGGGCAAGCUUUAUAAUCAAGAAAAAAGGUCUUAGAAGAGCUGCUGUAGUCUCUGGUGUUAGAGCUGGUGUUGGUGGGUAUUCAUAUCUAUUGGAGCCCCUUUGGUGGAUUGGAAUGGUCACAAUGAUUGUCGGAGAGGUUGCGAAUUUUGUGGCAUAUGCAUUUGCUCCGGCAGUUCUUGUUACCCCUCUUGGUGCAUUGAGUAUCAUUGUCAGUGCUGCACUAGCUCAGAUUGUUUUGAAGGAAAAGUUGCAUCCUCUUGGAAUUUUGGGUUGUGUGAUGUGCAUUGCUGGUUCUAUCGUGAUAGUUAUCCACGCACCACAGGAGCAUGCUAUCGCUUCUGUCAAAGAAAUAUGGUACAUGGCAACUCAGAAAGCAUUUUUGCUCUAUGUAGGAUCGGUGCUUGUCUUGGUUUUCAUUCUUGUCUUCUACUUUGCUCCUCAAUGUGGACACUCGAACGUCCUUGUUUUCACUGGAAUAUGCUCAUUGAUGGGUUCUCUCUCGGUUAUGAGUGUUAAAGCCCUUGGUACUUCACUAAAGUUAACUGUUGAAGGAAAGAACCAGUUGAUGUAUCCGGAAACCUGGUUUUUUAUGUUUGUUGUCGCAGUUUGCGUCGUUACACAAAUGAACUAUCUCAAUAAGGCCCUUGAUACCUUCAACACUGCCGUUGUAUCUCCUAUAUACUAUGUUAUGUUCACAACAUUGACUAUUGUUGCCAGUGUCAUCAUGUUUAAGGACUGGGAUGGCCAGAAUGUUGGGAGCAUUAUAUCAGGAAUAUGUGGUUUUAUCGUUGUGCUGUCCGGAACCAUCUUGUUGCAUGUUACCAAAGAUAUGGAGAGAAGUUCAUCUUUCAGAGGUACAAGUUACACACCUUUAUCCCCGACAUUAUCAACCCGACUAUGUAAUACAAAUGGGGAAUCACUUAAGCAUGAAGAAGAAAGUGGAUCGUUUUCUGAGGAAGUCGAUUCUAGACGACAGGAACUCCAGGUUUAAUAUGAACGAUUUUUUAUUAGAAAGUGAAGCAUGCAACCGUUAAUCCAUAGCAAACGUCCAAAGCUGCAGCGUGUCAAUUUCUUCUUCUAUUGCAUCUGUUUUUCUAGCAGCAAGGUAAGGAUUUCGCAGGAUCUUAAAGAAAGAGCUAUUGAAAGAUCAUCACAUGGCAGCUUUCGUUGUGCUUUCGUUGGCAGAACGAAAACUAAAGAAUUUGUUUAUAGUUAUAGCAGUUUCAAAUAUUGGUUUAGUGUACAUCCUUAAGCAUCACAGUUGUAGUCGCGGUGAAUUGCAAAAUAUCUAUAAUAACAGAGGAAUGAUGAAAGGUUGAAUAUUAGGAGUGAUUUAAUUCUUUUUUGCUUUUUCUCUUUUUCCUGUCCCUAAUUUUGCUGGAAUGUAUCUUGUAUAUGUAUAGCAUUUGUUUUGAAGUAUUGGGUGGAGUUUUUGUUUAUGUUUCAUUUUUUAAUGAACUUGAGAUCAGAUGAUGUUUGAUUGACUUCAAUAA